GCCAUGUAUGUGGACGAGAAGCAGCGCACCUGGCUGCCCAUAACCAUCGAGACUGAGAGUAGCCUCCAGGUACUCAUGCAUCAGGAAGAUGUCCCCCUGGGGGAGGCUGUGUGCCCCAGCGUGGUGGCCCCGUACCCGCUGCCCCUCAUGUGGCAGCUCUACCCUGGAAGAAGGUACCGAGGCUCCGACUCCAGCUUCUGGCGCAUAGUGUAUCACAUCCAGUUCAGCGGCACAGAGGACAUGCUUCUGGAACAGCUGCCAGACUCGGGGUGUGAGUGAUCUGGUCGCGCAGCUCCCGUCUCCUCCUGCCCCCAGAGCCCCAAGCCGGCAGCGGGGAUGUUCGUGCUUGUGUCACCUUCAUUUACCAGCCCCGUGUGUGCUGUGCUGGCACACCUGGGGCCCGGAGGGGUUGGACGGGCAGAGGGUGAGCCCUCCCUGGGCCUGCCGGACCUGCCUGCAGCCCAGCAUCCCCGGCAGGUUGGCUGGAGAGGACGAGUGGUCAGUCCAGCUUCCCCGGCUGCACCUGUGCCUUCGAUUUCCCAGCUGCCUGAUGGUUUCAGCUUCUCCGUUCUGUCCCUCACAGCAACUGGUGUCGUGUCCUGCGUGCCCCGGGCUGCUUCUCGUUCUGUCCCCUCAGCUCUGUGCCCUUCUGGCUGCAGGGACAUGGGUCCUGCUGGCCUGAGCCUGGUCCCCUGAGCCCCUGGACCAGCUGUCUCACGUGGCCGGCCCGUGCACGCCAUGCCUCCGAGAGA